AAACAAGAAUCACUGAACUAUACAGACACAGAGACCAAUGACCAUGAAUACAGUGAAGAUUAUCUGGGUCAGUCCACAGCAUUUCCGGAGUCCUCCAUGAAGAUUAGCCACACAUCCCCCGAUAUUCCACUGGAUGCUCAGGUGGGAGCAAAAGAGAACUGUGUGCACAAUGUGCGAAUGCAUCGUCAGACCACAGAACCAACCUCUUCUGCCCGGCAUAAUUCAAUCCGAAGACAGCUCAACCUCUCCAACCCUGACUUCAACAUCCAGCAGGUUCAGAAACAGGAGCAGCUGACAGGGAUUGGCCGCAUUAAGCCAGAGCUGUAUAAACAAAGAUCAGUGGACACCGAUGACGGCCGGAGGAAUAAUAGCAAGGCCUGUGGAAAGCUGAACUUCAUUCUGAAAUACGACUGUGAUUUAGAGCAGCUGAUAGUGAAGAUCCACAAGGCUAUCAACUUGCCAGCAAAGGACUUCUCUGGAACUUCAGAUCCCUAUGUGAAGAUAUAUCUACUUCCCGACAGGAAAACAAAACACCAGACUAAAGUGCACAGAAAGACGCUAAAUCCAAUAUUUGAUGAAGUUUUUUUAUUUUCUGUCCCAUACAAUGACCUGAACACACGGAAACUCCAUUUCUCUGUAUAUGACUUUGACAGAUUCUCCAGGCAUGACUUGAUUGGCCAAGUGAUAGUGGAUAAUUUUUUAGAUUUGGCAGAUUUUCCCAGGGAAUGUAAUAUUUGGAAGGACAUUGAAUACGUCACCAAUGAUAAUGUGGAUCUUGGUGACCUGAUGUUUUCACUCUGCUACCUUCCAACAGCUGGUAGACUAACUAUUACAAUAAUAAAAGCAAGAAACUUAAAGGCAAUGGAUAUCACAGGAGCAUCAGAUCCCUACGUGAAAGUUUCUUUAAUGUGUGAAGGAAGGCGACUAAAGAAAAGGAAAACUUCUACCAAGAGGAAUACCCUUAAUCCUGUUUACAAUGAAGCCAUAGUCUUUGAUGUUCCUCCAGAAAAUAUUGACCAAAUUAACUUGUCGAUAGCUGUUAUGGAUUAUGACCGUGUAGGUCACAAUGAGGUCAUUGGAGUGUGUCAAGUAGGCAACGACGCCGAAAGCCUAGGUCGCGACCACUGGAACGAAAUGCUUUCGUACCCUCGGAAACCCAUUGCUCACUGGCAUCCUCUUGCAGAGGAAUCAAGUGGGGGAGGGUGUCCAGCACAUCCAAGCUGUGCAGAGAAAUACAUACACAGCAUAUCAUUUUGGUUCCUGAACCAGGAUUAGACUCAGCGAGAGCUUCUGGAACCUCUGUGGCCACAGUCACAGGACCCUGAAUAUUUGCUGAAUAGGACCCUCAGUAAUCUACUGUGUGAAGUGCUGUUGGUUUCAAAUAAUGCAAUGUCAUCCAUUUGUAGCGUUAAUUCAUCAGCUGACUCUAUUGCUACCUGCAGACUAUUUGUGUGGUCAUAAGCAUUGCCCAAAUUGGAGUCAUAAGCUCUGUUCAUUAAACUAACCAGAUUUUACAAGUAACAAAAUAGCAAUGAAAACCAACAAGUAGCUGAAACAACACCAAACCUAGCUCUGGUGUUUUCAAAAAGAUUCAGUAUUGUAAUGGAUAGCUUGGUAAAUCGAUUUUUUCAAGAAUGAUUGUCAGAAGACAUUUGUUUUUGAUGUUGAGUUGUGUCCUCAGUCUCAGCUGCUACCUCCUUUCAU